AGCACUGGUUCUCUGGGACUCGGUUUUCGUUGCCCUAGCAACCCUAUUCGCCGUUUUGCAUUUUUUGUUUUUGAUUGAAAACAUUUUUGUACCAGAAUAUUAUUAAGUUCGUCCAAGCGUUCAAAAAUCUAACUAUAUGGAUGUAAUAUCUCAAUCCUAUUUUCGCGCCGGAACGAUAGCAUCCUGUCCAACUACAAUCGGCAAAUAAGCUGCGCGAAAAAAUAACAUCAAUUGCCCGAUGCAAUAUGUAAUUUGUUCUGGUGUUAUUUACUAUCGACAAAAUAAAAUUAAAAAUAUUUCCUUUGAAAACACCAUCACAUCCAAGCUGGUUAUCGUUCGGUAUCGGUAGGCAUCUAUUUCUGCCAUGCUUUGCAAAGAACUGAAUUGGAAUAUUUCAUUUUGGCUCGUUCUGGGAAGAACAAAGAUUUUUGAUUGCACUGCGUGUUCCACAUAUUGAUGCAAAUGAUCUAUUUUUGCCAAUGAUGAGAUUGAGCAACUAUGCUUUGAUUCCGUCUGCGUUGAUACGGAACUUGUAGCCCUGGUCGUGCACAUCUGAUGUGUUUGUUUUGGCAUGCUGUUCUGAUUGUUUUCAACAGGAAAGGACGGUGCCAGGGAAAACGACAUCUUUAUCGGCCUCAUAUUCUGCCGUGACGUACCAGGCUGCCUUGUUUCAGCAGAGACCGGCGGAACAGCGUUAGGUCGAGGCACCUGUACCGACCUCAUAUUCUGCCGUGACGUAUCACGCUGCCCAGUUUCAGCAGAGACCGGCGGAACAGCGGGGUGCCGAGGCACCUGUAUCGGCCUUAGAUUCUACCGUGAUGUACUCGGUACAUCUUCCAGCAUAUUUGAUGACGGCCCGGAAUUGAAGUGAGAUACUUUCGUUAGCAUCAUUUUUGGUUCACCGACAUCGUUUGUUCUAGGUAUAGAUACACUCCGAUACGGCUUUGCAGCAGUGACUAUAUGCGCGAAUUUUUUAUCAAGACUAUUUACUGGCAAAGGAUAACACAAUAUUUUCUUUUCGCCCACAAUCAUCCGAAUGGUGUUCUUUCUUUGACCGACUGGCAAUUUAACUUUACUUUCUGGUUCUAAGCCAGAAGUAACGGUGAUUUCGCUUUGCUAAAAGUAAAAACUCGUACGAUUUCACAACAUGGUUUCAAGCCCAAAAUAGACCGUUUUGCCAUACGUAGGACUGACUAACCUGCUAUUACGUGUAAUCCAAAAUUCAUUGAAAGUCAACCUCACAAGAGGUGCAGGCAGGCCUUGGCCGACAACGAUUGUUGAGGCAAAAGAAGAAAAAGAAGACAUAUGCCAAAAUAACAGACAAUUUGGUUCGGUUGGCUUUCGUAUAUUAAUAUUCCCCAUAAAUACAUAGAUUAAGAGUAAUCUAUCUACUUACGCCUAUUCUCACUUUCUUCUGAAUCUUUAUCCGGUUGCUAUGGAUCGCAAUCCAUGAGAAUGGGUCGCAAUCAACUACGUCUGAAUCGUUUUCAGCUACGUUUGGAUCGCUCUCAGCUGCCUAUGAAUUUACGGUAGCUCGCGCAAAUUUCAUUGCAGCGCAACGUUUAUUCUGUGACCGCGCGAUGCAUUAAGCUUAUGAAAAGAAAAUCAAGUAAUUAAGGCAUUCAUUUCAAUUUAUGGCCGAUUUAUGGAUUACGAUGAAACAGCACAUUGUUCAUCACCAUGACACAUCUUUGAAUGUUUGAAUUUUAAAGUUUUGCGUGGAGAUUAUUAAAAAAAAAUCCUUUAAUGUAUCUCUAUUGAUGGUUCUGUUGUGUAGCUAAUAAUGAAGCAUCCCGUUUCUUGUCAUAGCAGAUACAACUGAGAAAUUACGCGAACGUAAAGCAGGCACCACUUGGACAGCUCUUAGACCUACCAACGAUCGGCCAUAAUUAACUCUCAUUGAAACUUGGAAUCCAAUUUGAUCAAUAAAAAAAUGGUAACGUCUGCAUAUUCAUUGCGUAGUUGAAUGAAACUUUCAGCAUAUUCUUUUCUUCCGUCCUCAGCGGAUGGCAAAACAGCCCGUGCAGCAACGUUAUGCAUUCUUUUGAAUGUAUAAUGGAAACCUUCAAUAGCCCGUGAAACAGUUGAAAUUGAAACAGUCACGUUAUGAUUUUCAUUUAGUUUAACGACAAGAUGCUUCAAUGUUAUCUAUCCAGUCUUCAUCUAUCCAACGACGCAAGCUUUCAACGUGCUCUAUAAUACCUGGGAAACAUGAAGAAACAGAUCAGGAAAUAGAAAUCGCUCAGACUGGCUUUGAAGUGGCAAAGAAUUACGCGAAAACUCAAUGAAUUUCGAUAUAACACCCUAGUCCGCAAACUGGUCCAACAUCCGGCACCUGUGUCCAACCGUUUUUGUUUUCUACACCGACGUGAUGCAAAAAUUCUACUCUAAUAAUUUUGUAGCGAAAAUAUUAGAGGAAUUGUUAAAUGUAAAGAAAUUAUCUCUCCUAUUGUUUUUCUACAGCCAGCCGAAAAAAAGUCAAUUGUUUCCAUGUGUAGCGACCUUGCCCGCUACGAUCCGUUUUCGAUAAGGCUACGUGUAGCUGCGGCUAAAGGGGCGGCCGUGAGAAUAAUUAUUGCGGAUAGUUGCGAGAGGCGAACCGAAAACCGAGAGAGCGAGCGAUCGGACGAAGCGGUACGAUGAUCGAGCGGUUUUGCGGCGCGAUGGCGAAAAAAAGACGCGGCACUUUGGUAACGGUUAUCAGGUGGUUUGGUGGUGGUUUUGGCUCGUGCAAUAAAGUUUUAGUUGGUUUGGCGUUAUAUGAAAUAAAAAUAAUUUAUUUAUUUUUAAGAAGAAAGUAGUUAGUCGUUUCACAUGCAAAAGUUACGGGGAUAUUGAUCUCGAGUUCGAACAUACUGAACGGUCCGUUAUUCCAUAGUACUUUAAUUAAAAGUUUAAAAAGUACGAGGGUUUAAUAUGGUAUACGAAAAGAUCUUCAGUAGUUUGUGUACGAAUCGUUUCUUCCCAUCUUUCAAAAUCAGUCAAAUCCUUUCGCGGGCCGGAUUUAAUGUUAAUGUUACACCUCCUACUCCUACUCAAUACGUCCCCGUCGUACAGAACGGUAACAUGUCUCUCAAUUAUCCAAGCUUGGGUAUACGGGGAAACCCAACCCCUUGGGCGGAUGGGUUGCAUGGCUAAAUUGAAAGGGGGGUAGAUGAUUGAUCUUCAUGAUUCUACCUUGGAGCGUCUGUUCUUCAUGUUAGGAACGGCUUCCCCCCAGCGUAUGUCUCUUCCCGAAGGGCUGCGCUGGCUUCUUCCUUCUUGGCUCGCAGCAGGACUCUAAAAAGUCAACAAGCGUAGGCCCUACGACGAGACUGGAGAUUAGGGGAGAGGACUUGCAAGCCACCCUCGUAAAAAACACCAAAGCAACGAACAGUCAACACGAAGAAGUACCGUAUCGGACCAAUCGAUUCAGACCCACGCAUGAGAAAAAGAUUUACGUUUGGAAGCUCGGGACAUAGAACUUCAAAACCCUCUCAUCGGAUUUGAGGACCUGAAUUGCGUUCGAUGAGGACUGGGCCCGUGGUUUCGAAAUAGUAGCACUUCAAGAGGUAUGCUGAACAGGCGUGACGGUGUGCCAGUACCGUAGCAACUGCACGAUCAGAGCGCUGGAGAGACGCGCGAGCUCGGUACUGCGUUCAUGGUCCUGGGUGCGAUGCAGCAGAGAGCGAUCGGGUGGUGGCCUGUCAACGAACGGAUGUGCAGGUUGAGAAUUCGUGGCAGAUUCUUCAACCUGAGCAUUAUAAAUGAUCCCCCAAUAUAUAUUUUGAUCCCUCCAACUCUGAACACUAUAACAAAAUAGAAUGUAAGUUAUCUGCUUCAUCAAAUGAAUGAGCUGUCAACGCACAAAAAGCUGUAUUGUUUAAAUUGGUCCAACCAUCUGUCGUUAAUGAUAUAGCCUGGCUUUACUAAUCUGCUGGGAUACUUGUUCGAAUAUUUAUUCCAAAUUUACAAAAUUCGACCUCCUAGUGUAACAAACUUUAAGGUUGGAAGAACCCUCCCCCCUCCUUUAUUCUUGUACUAUAGCUCCAAAAAAAUUAAAUCAUAUUUUAUGUAAAGAAAAGUUGUCCCAUACAGUAAUCAAAUACAAAAAGAUUCUGAUAGUCGGAUCCUCAGAACGGUGAAAUUACGACCAAUGAUCAAUUCUGACGAAAUAACGGCAGACUGCACAACUCCAUUUCCAACUUUUUUUUUGUCAACUCUUCCGUAUGAAGUAGUAGUAAAGAUCUACGAAGAAAACUCCAGCGUUAAAUGGAACAAGACAAGCCUUCUUGGCGGCAACAUUUAUUUACCAGCACUAUUUUGGUGUGAAAAUGGCUUCGAAACGGGACUUUGAUACCUACCGCUAUCAACACCACGCCAACACGCAACACGCCAGUGCCCGCAACCGUAAGCGCCGUUUGCAGCAGUUGGAGUGGGAACGUUGGCUAGCAGAACAGCCGGAACCAUCCAAUCCCGCUAACCGAGCGAGUGCCCUGCAAGGGAAUGACGCUGGACCGGGCCCUUCACUUCAAGGAUAUGAAGCCGGAACGGAACCGAUGGAAGUGGCCGACAAUCCCCAACCGCAGAGUGACAGCGAUGACGACAGUGUGGUUGCUGUAAGCAUCUGUGGGGACAGUGUUCCCGAUGACAUCGAUCCCGGCAUCGAGACAUCGGCGCCAGAUAGUCCGUUCGGAUUAUUGUCCUAUGAGGACGGGUUGAGGCUGUGGGCACUGAAAACCGGCCAAACACACAGUGCCUUAAACCUCUUGCUGGGGCAUUUGAGGCAGCACGAUCCAGGCAGGAAAUUGCCACGGGAUGCACGGACGUUCCUGAACACGCCCGUGGCAAGAUCCACACAGUCCGCGAUUACCCCUAUCUCUGGUGGAGAGAUAUGGUACCAGGGCAUAGAAACAUGCCUUCGGACUUAUUUUCGAUACACGCAGCCUGCCGUAGAGCGCUUUACAAAAGCAGUCGGACACAAUUCUGGCCCAUCCUCAUGGGCAUCCACAACCUGCCUAAUGCCCCGGUGAUGACGGUUGCGAUCUUUUGCGGCGAGUCAAAACCGUUAUACGCCGAGGAAUAUUUAGGACAGUUUGUGGAUGAAAUGAACGAGCUGCAGCCUGAUGGGAUAUGGAUCGACAAACGGCAUUACA